AUGGCUGGAAGGGAUCGCCUCCCAUGGGAACAGCCAGUAGAGCGGAGGCAGCAGGAGAAGGGAACCAGCGGUACGAGGCAACACGGCUGGCAAGGAAGCCUGAGAGGCAGCCCUAAAAUAUUUUUUGAGGGGGGCACACGGGGAGUGUGGCGGAGUCAGGCCGGUGUGCUCGGUGCCUGGCAUCCAGCCGGAACGGGGGCGGGGGGCAGCUAUGCGGUUGAGACCGCCAGUGCGCCUCCACGCCCCUGUGUAUCCAGUGCCUCGGCCAAGGAAGAGGCCGCCUGUAUGUCUCCCCAGCCUGAGCUGCCCUCCUGUCCGGAGCUGCCAGAGCUGCCAUCCUGUCCGGAGCUGCCAGAGCCGCACUCCUGUCCGGAGCUGUCAGAGUCACCCUUCUCUCUGGAGCCGCCAGAGUCGCCCUUCACUCCGGAGCCGCCAGAGUCACCCUUCAUUCCGGAGCCGCCAGAGUCGCCCUUCACUCCGGAGCCGCCAGAGUCGCCCUUCACUCCGGAGCCGCCAGAGACGCCCUCCUGUCCGGAGCUGCCAGAGCAGACCUCCUGUCCGGAGCUGCCAGAGCCGCCCGUCUGUCCGGAGCUGGCAGAGACGCCCGUCAGUCCGGAGCUGCCAGAGCCGCCCGUCAGUCCUGAGCUGCCAGAGCCGCUGGUCAGUCCGGAGGCGCCAGAGCCGCACGUCAGUCCAGAGGCGCCAGAGCCGCAGCCCCUCAGUCAAGAGGCGCCUCUCAGUCCAGAGGCGCCUGUCACGCACUGGCCAUAG